AUGGGGCCCCAACACCUCCUGUGUGUCUGUACAUGGUGCAGGGCUCAGUCAGUGGCCUCCGUUGGUGGCUGUCUAUCUGCUGCUGCCAUUCCCACCCGGGGAGGCUGCUCCUGUGAUCCUGUGAAGAGGCCAUCCCCACGGCAAAUGUCCCCACCUUCCUACUCCAGGCGGACUCAGAGCAGACAGCACAUGUGGAGAAGCAUUUUUUUUCUCACCUUAUUAUUACCAAUCCCUUCUGUCCAUCCAGUUGGUCAUUGUACGUCCAAGUUUCAUGCCAUUAUCUUCUAUUUUGCUGUUUCAGAUAAAGGAAUCUUUGUUAUCCAAAGCGAGAGCCUCAAGAAAUGCAUUCGAGCAGGCAGGUCCGUACUGACUCUAGAGAGCUGCAGGCCACCGGACGGGUACAUGCUGUGGAAAUGGGUUUCAAACCACCGCCUCUUUAACGUAGGAGGCAGCGGUUGCCUGGGCCUGAAUUUGUCUAACCCAGAGCAGCCAUUAAGCAUCUUCGAGUGUGAUGCCACCCAUGUUUCCUUGAGAUGGCACUGCAGUCGAAACAGGAUCCUCGGCCCGCUCCAGUACAUGGUCCAGGUGAAUCCCGACAACACCCUUGUGGCCUCUCGGAAAUAUCUUCACAAGUGGAUUUCCUACAUGUCAGACGGUGGAGGCAUUUGUGAAUAUCUGCACAAAGAUUUGUACACCGUCAAAGGGAACGCCCGAGGGAUGCCAUGCAUGUUUCCCUUCCAGUACAAGCAGCGGUGGCAUCAUGAAUGUACCCGGGAAGGGCGGGGAGGUGACUCACUGUGGUGUGCUACAACGAGCCGAUAUGAAAGAGACGAGAAGUGGGGAUUUUGCCCAGAUCCCACAUCUACAGAGGUGGGUUGUGAUGCUGUCUGGGAGAAGGAUCUCAAUUCACACAUUUGCUACCAAUUCAACCUGCUUUCAACUCUGUCCUGGAGCAAGGCACAUUCUUCAUGCCAGAUGCAAGGAGGUGCUUUACUAAGUAUUAUAGAUGAGACUGAAGAGAAUUUCGUAAGGGAGCACUUGAGCAGUGAAGCCGUGGAAGUAUGGAUGGGCCUGAAUCAGCUGAGUGAAAAUGCCGGCUGGCAGUGGUCUGAUAGAGCGCCUCUUAACUACCUAAACUGGAACCCAGAAAUAAAUUUUGAGCCAUUUGUUGAACAUCACUGUGGAACAUUUAAUCCAAAAAUGCCAAGUGCCUGGAGGAGUCGGGACUGUGAGUCCCCCUUGCCUUAUAUAUGUAAAAAAUAUUUAAAUCACACUGAUCAGGAAGUGACUGAAAGAGAUGCUUGGAAAUACCAUGCUACCCACUGUGAGCCUGGCUGGAAUCCCCACAAUCAUAACUGCUACAGACUUCAGAAAGAAGAAAGGACCUGGGGUGAAGCUUUACAUUCUUGCCAAUCUAAUAACAGCGCGUUAACAGACAUAGCUUCGUUAGCAGAGGUGGAGUUUCUUGUAACCCUCCUUGGAGAUGGAAAUGCAUCAGAAACAUGGAUUGGUUUGAGCAGCAAUAAAAUUCCAGUUUCCUUUGAAUGGUCUAAUGGUUCCUCCGUCACCUUUACUAAUUGGCACUCACUUGAGCCCCAAAUUUUUCCAAAUAGAAGCCAGCUCUGUGUCUCAGCAGAGCAAUCUGAGGGACACUGGAAAGUUAAAAAUUGUGAAGAAACCCUUUCUUUCGUUUGUAAGAAAGCCGGCCAUGUGCUUUCAGACCCUGAGUCAGGCUGUCCGGGGGGAUGGGAGAGACAUGGUGGAUUCUGUUACAAAAUUGACACCAUCCUUCGCAGCUUUGACCAUGCCUCCAGUGGCUAUUACUGUCCCCCGGCACUUGUAACCAUUACCAACAGGUUUGAACAGGCUUUUAUCACCAGUUUGAUCAGUAGUGUGGUAAAGACGAAGGACAGUUAUUUUUGGAUAGCUCUUCAAGAUCAAAAUAAUACAGGAGAGUACACCUGGAAGACAGCAGGGUGGAAGUCUGAGCCAGCGCAUUACACACACUGGAAUGCACACCAGCCCCGCUACAGUGGUGGCUGUGUUGUCAUGAGAGGAAGGAGCCCACCUGGUCGCUGGGAAGUGAAGGACUGUAAACACUUUAAGGCAAUGUCCCUGUGCAAGCAACCAGUGGGAAAUCGGAGUAAAACUGAGCAGGAGGAGAGAUGGCCGUUUCACCCCUGCUAUUUGGACUGGGAGUCAGAGCCCGGCCUGGCGAGCUGCUUCAAGGUAUUUCAUAAUGAAAAAGUCCUAAUGAAAAGAACAUGGAGAGAAGCUGAAGCAUUUUGUGAAGAAUUUGGAGCUCAUCUUGCAAGCUUUGCCCAUAUUGAGGAAGAGAAUUUUGUGAACGAGCUUUUACGUUCAAAAUUUAAUCGGACAGAAGAAAGGCAGUUCUGGAUUGGAUUUAAUAAAAGAAACCCACUGAAUGCUGGUUCUUGGGUGUGGUCUGAUGGAACUCCUGUUGUCUCUUCAUUUUUAGACAAUACUUAUUUUGAAGAAGAUGCAAGAAACUGUGCUGUUUAUAAGGCAAAUAAAGUGUUGCUGCCCUCCCACUGUGGAUCCAAACACGAAUGGAUAUGCAAAAUUCCAAGAGAUGUGAAACCCAAGAUUCCACCCUGGUACCAGUAUGAUGCACCCUGGCUCUUCUAUCAGGAUGCAGAGUACCUUUUUCAUACCUACGCUGCAGAAUGGUCCUCCUUUGAGUUUGUCUGUGGCUGGCUGCGUGGGGAUAUUCUCACAAUUCAUUCUGCACAUGAGCAAGAAUUCAUCCACAGCAAAAUAAAAGCGCUCUCAAAGUAUGGUGCAAAUUGGUGGAUUGGACUUCGAGAAGAAAGAGCGAAUGAAUUUCGCUGGAGAGAUGGAGCACCAGUAACAUAUCAGAACUGGGACAAAGGAAUAGAAGGACGCAUGGAUAAUCAGAGCCAGAGAUGUGGCUUCAUUUCAUCCAUAACAGGGCUCUGGGCAAGUGAAGACUGUCUAGUUUCUAUGCCCAGCAUCUGCAAGCGCCAGAAGUUUUGGGUCAUAGAGAAAGAGAAAGAGACACCAAAACAUGGAACAUGUCCCAGAGGAUGGCUGUAUUUUAACUACAAGUGCCUUCUGGUGAAAAUCCCCAAAGUCCCAACAGAUUGGAAGAACUGGACAUCUGCUCAAGACUUUUGUGUUAAAGAAGGAGGGACACUGGUGGCCAUUGAAAAUGAGGUGGAGCAAGCUUUCAUUACUAUGAAUCUUUUUGGCCAGACCACUAAUGUGUGGAUAGGAUUGCAAAAUGAUGAUAAUGAAAAGUGGCUAAAUGGAAAGCCUGUAGCAUAUUCUAACUGGUCUCCAUUUGAUAUAAUAAAUAUUCCAAGUCAUAACACCACUGAAGUUCAAAAACAUAUUCCCCUCUGUGCCUUGCUGUCAACUAAUCCUAAUUUUCAUUUCACUGGAAAAUGGUAUUUGGAAGACUGUGGAAAAGAAGGUUAUGGGUUUGUUUGUGAAAAAAUGCAGGAUACUUCUGGACCCAGUGUAAAUACAUCUGAUAUGUAUCCGAUCCCCAAUACCUUAGAAUAUGGAAACAGAACUUACAAAAUAAUUAAUGCAAAUAUGACUUGGUAUACAGCAAUAAAAACCUGCCUGACGCAUGGAGCAGAACUGGCCAGUGUCACAGAUCAGUACCACCAGUCCUUCCUCACCGUCAUCCUCAGCCGGCUAGGACAUGCCCUCUGGAUCGGACUCUUCACUGAAGAUAAUGGCCUUAAUUUUGACUGGUCAGAUGGCACCAAAUCCUCCUUCACUUUUUGGAAAGAUGAUGAGUCGUCCUUCCUGGGUGACUGUGUUUUUGCCGACACCAGUGGACGCUGGAGUAGCACAGCCUGUGAGUCAUUUCUGCAAGGAGCCAUUUGCCAUGUACCUACUGAAAUAAGACCAUUUGAAUACCCAGAGUUAUGCUCAGAAACAUCUAUUCCCUGGAUAAAAUUCAAAAGUAAUUGCUACAGUUUUUCUACAGUCCUAGACAGUAAGAGUUUUGAGGCUGCUCAUGAAUUUUGCAAAAAGGAAGGAUCUGAUCUUUUAACAAUCAAGGAUGAAGAUGAAAAUUCAUUUCUCCUAGAAGAGCUUUUAGCUUUUGGUUCUUCAGUCCAGAUGGUUUGGUUGAAUGCUCAGUUUGAUGGUGACAAUGAAACCAUAAAGUGGUUUGAUGGAACUCCCACAGACCAGUCAAACUGGGGCAUUCGGAAGCCAGAGAUGGACCAUGCCAAAGCCCAUCUGUGCGUUGCCCUGAGGAUCCCUGAGGGAGUGUGGCAGUUAUCCCCAUGUCAAGACAAAAAGGGAUUUAUAUGUAAAAUGGAAGCAGAUAUUCACGUGGUAAAGGAGCAUCCAGGAAAAGGACCAAGUCACAGCCUCGCACCUCUUGCUGUAGGACUGACACUGACAGUGAUUCUGGCGAUCGCCACACUUUCCUUCUGCUUGUACAAGCACAACCGUGGCGUCUUCAGGAGACUUACAGAGCCCAGGAACCCGUACUAUCCUACCACUAACUUCAGUACGGUACAUUUAGAAGAGAAUAUUCUCAUAUCUGACCUUGAGAAGAAUGACCCAGAAUAAUGAGGUCAGAGAAUGCCGCAGCCACGAGCGGUAAAGAAGAUGAUAAAGGGGAGUGCCCUCUCUCUUUUCCUUUACAGACCAGAUGCCAUUAUAAUGUGAAUGGCAUCACUAUUUUAAUUAUUUUUAAAGUGAUUACUGGUUUUGAGUUAUAACCAAAUCAGAUGAGUGUUGAUUUAUUCACUUCCCUAAACUGUGAUCUAUUCUUAAAAGGGGGAAAUAGAUAAUGGUUACCUUCAGAACACAAGAACCAUUAAAAAAAAAACAACUCCCUAUUGAAACUCUCAAAUCAAGGUGAAUAAUAGGUUUUGUGUUAAUACGCUUCUCCCAGAAUUUUUUGGAAAUUUUUUAAAUAAUCUGGUAUGUAUUCAGACAUUUACCCACAGUCAUACCAUUACGAGAGAAAGAGAAAGGAAGCAAAUUUGAAACUCUGCACUUCUGAAAAGGCUUCUGAGAGGCUUCUUGCUCGUUUGUUUUUUAAUUCAAUCUUUUUAAAUCAGUCAUUUCAACAGCGAAGUUUGGAAAACUAAUAUUUAAGGUUAAAACUCACGUUCUGGGCUCUAAACUAAUAUUUCAGGUAACAUUGAUUUCUGACUUCUCAAACUACAGAAGAAAAAUUACAUUUCUUUAAAUAGUACAGAUUUUGGUUAGCAGCACACUUUCAUAAACAAAUACAUAAUGUGGCCUAAAACCUUCACUUACCAAAUCAUGACUAAGUUUGAUAGUUAAAAAUGUAGAUAAGCUUAAAGAAUUACUGAGAUCUCAAUACUGUUAAAAUUCAUGCUCUUUAUUGAAAGCUAAAGGUAUAAAAUAAUAUAUAAUUCUCCUAGCAACUAAAAGAUAUAAAAUAUAACUUGAAUUUAAAGGGGGGAAAUUUGAAGACCUAAAUUACAGUUCAUUAGAAACAAACUAGAGGUUGCUUUCCGAUAGCAAUCUAGGCACCUUUGCUCUAUAAAUGAGUUUAUUUGGUGUAUUCUAUUUAGUCUAUGGUUUUUGAGAACCAUUUCUGUCUAUAUGGGACUAGUUAGUGCAGUUGGUAAUGAUUUAAAGCAUGAUACUGUCCAUGAAUCAAAAAGCACAGACUUGAUCGGCCUUCAUUAACUUUUUUUAAAAGUUUAUUCAUUACAUGAAUGUUUAUUGAAUUCCUAUGAAGAAUCAACUGCCAUUCUAAAAACCAGAUGUACUAGGGUGAGCAAGCUAGUAAGAUUUCUGUUUUCAGGGCAUUUAAUUUCUAGUGAAGGAAAACUGACAGUAACCCAGUAAAGACAUGAGUAAGUAGAAGACAUCAGGUGGUUAUGAAAAUUAAGUAAGGUCCUAUGAUAGAAAUUCACAGGGGGAGUUUCAGGUCCUUUCUAGAGUGUGCAUUUUAAUUAUUAUAUCCGGCUGCCUCCGAACUGGUGGCCACUAGUCACAGGGUGGAGCUCUGAGAGAAAGUACGAAUAAAUUUUGGAGUGAAAACCAUCAUCAUUAUAAAUAGCAUUUGAGGAGCAUGCCCUGCGGAUGGAGUCCUCGUGGCCUGAAACGGUUACUACAGCUUCCAAAGCCUCUCUUCGCUAUUGCUGUGCAGUUUGCUUAUUGGGAUGACCUACUUCCAUAAUUUUUUUUAAGUUUUGGGACUUCUUUUUAAGAAAAGAUAUCAUCUUACGUGGCAGUUGUUUAUUUAUAACUCAGAAGAAUAACUGGUUGAACUAACCACGUGGGAAAAAAAAAAGCCCAAUUUAACAAUCUUUCAAGUGGAAUUAAAGUUCUGUUCUUUUCCGUGGACUUCUUAAAAACUGCUGAUCAAUUAUCCUUCCAGUCAAGGUGUACUGAAGUGCACUCAUCACACAUAACAACUUGACAAAGUAUUAAUAAAGUGGUCUUGCAGACAGAAACUGUACAACUUGUCAAUUCUCUACACUUGGAUAUUUAGUAUUGAAACACAGCUCCAGGGAAUCUGUCCCCACAGACAGAUCAUAUGAAAUUAAAAGAAAUAAAAAAAUACUGAAA